UGACGACACGCUGUAGAGAUUCUAGAGAAGGAACUCUUAACGCGACGUGGGGGUCUCCUUAAUCACGCUAGCCGCUUAUUUCUUCGACCAAAGACGAAGAAGUUAGGGUUCCGGAAACUUCUGUCUCUGGAUCCAUUGUCGACUCGAUUUUGUUGCUUGAGAGCUUAAUUUCGCGGAGGAAGCAAUGGAUGAGGGAAAACAUAAAUCUAGGCGAGAGGAAUCGGAGAAGAGUGAGGAGGAUGUGAAGCGGAGCCACCACCGCGAUCGCGAGAGAGAAAGAGAGAAGGAGAGGAAUGGAGAGAGGCACAGGGAGAAGAGGAGCAGAGAUAGUCGGCGAUCGGAGAGAGAGAGGAGCAGUGAUUCCGAUGACAAGUAUGAGAAGGAGAGGGAGAAGGAGAAGCAGAGAGAGAGGGAAAGAGCCAGAGAGAAGAAGAGGGAAAGAGAGAGGGAAGAGAGGGAGAGGGAGAAAGAGAGAGAGAAAGAGAAGAGAGAGAGGGCGAGGGAGAAGGACAGAGAGAGGGAGAGAGAGAGAGAGAAGAGGGAAAGGGAGAGAGAGGAGAGGGAGAGGGAGAGAGAGGAGAGGGAAAGGGAGAAGGAAAGGGAGAGGAAGGAGCGAGAAAAAGAAAGGGAGAAGGAAAAAGAGAAGGAGAGGAGGAGGCGAAGAGAAGCCGACAGUGAUGGCAGCGAUGGUGGUGAUGAGCACAGGGAGCGUGAUAGGAAGCGGCGAAGGAGAGACAAUGAUGAUUACAAGGAGAGAGAUCGUGAACGGAGCAGCAGCAGGCCUCGCAAGCACAGGGAUGACAGUGAAGAGAGGAAAAAGAGUGGUGACGAUGAUUCGGAUAAGAUAGAGAAGAAACAAACACGGGAAGAGGAGUUAGAGGAUGAGCAGCGGAGAUUGGAUGAGGAAAUGGAAAAGAGGAGGAGGAGAGUGCAGGAGUGGCAAGAGUUGAGGAGAGCCAAGGAAGAAGCUGAGAGAGAGAAUCAUGGGGAAGCUACUGCUGAUGAACCAAAGUCUGGUAAGGCCUGGACUCUUGAAGGAGAGUCUGACGACGAAGAAGUACCGCAUACAGGAAAAUCAGAGACAGAAAUGGAUGUGGAUGAAGAGGCCAAGCCUACCAAUGAAAAAGAGGGUGAUCAGGAUUCAGUGUUUGUUGAUUCCGAGAAUGGAACGGUUGCAUCCACUUUGGCAAAUGUGGGCAAUGGUGCUGCUGGAGAUGAUGAGGAAAUUGAUCCAUUGGACGCUUUCAUGAAUUCUAUGGUGAUGCCUGAAGUUGAGAAGCUAAACAAUACUUUGGCGCCCUCAACUGUUGAGGAUAAGAAUGUGGACUCGAAGAACAAAGAUAAGAAGCAUGAAGGAAGUAACAGCGAACAGCCCCGGAAGGGUCCAAAAAAAUCUAUGGGGAGAAUAAUGCAGGGUGAAGAUUCAGAGUCAGAUUAUGGUGACCUUGAGAAGGAUGAGGAUCCUUUAGAAGAUGAAGAUGAUGAUGAGUUCAUGAAAAGGGUGAAGAAGACAAAAGCUGAGAAGCUUUCUAUAGUUGACCACUCAAAGAUUGAUUAUAUACCGUUCAGAAAAAAUUUCUACAUCGAAGUGAAAGAUAUUGCAAAGAUGACUUCUGAAGAGGUUGUUGCUUACAGGAAAGAAUUGGAAUUGAAGCUACAUGGUAAGGAUGUGCCAAAGCCGAUCAAAACCUGGCACCAAACUGGACUUACAAGUAAAAUCUUGGAGACAAUAAAGAAACAUAACUUUGAAAAGCCAAUGCCAAUUCAAGCCCAGGCUUUGCCUAUAAUUAUGAGUGGUCGAGACUGCAUAGGUGUUGCGAAAACUGGCUCGGGCAAAACCCUUGCAUUUGUGCUGCCAAUGUUGAGGCAUAUCAAGGACCAGCCAGAGGUGGUAGCUGGAGAUGGGCCUAUUGGGCUUAUAAUGGCACCGACGAGGGAGCUUGUACAGCAGAUCCACAGUGAUAUAAAGAAGUUUGCCAAGGUGCUUGGUAUCAGGUGUGUGCCUGUGUAUGGAGGUUCCGGUGUUGCCCAACAAAUUAGUGAAUUGAAGCGGGGCACUGAGAUUGUUGUCUGUACUCCAGGCAGGAUGAUUGACAUACUUUGCACAAGUGGGGGGAAAAUUACAAAUCUGCGUAGAGUCACUUAUUUGGUCAUGGACGAAGCUGAUCGAAUGUUUGACAUGGGUUUUGAACCUCAAAUUACUCGAAUUGUUCAAAAUAUUCGGCCAGAUCGCCAAACAGUUCUCUUCUCUGCCACUUUCCCUCGUCAGGUUGAAGUUUUGGCGCGUAAGGUGUUAAACAGACCUGUGGAGAUACAAGUUGGUGGGAGAAGUGUUGUGAACACGGACAUAACACAGUUGGUUGAGGUGAGGCCGGAAAGUGAUAGGUUCUUUAGAUUGUUGGAAUUACUGGGGGAAUGGUAUGAGAAAGGAAAAAUUUUGAUAUUUGUCCACUCGCAGGAGAAGUGCGAUGCUUUGUUCAGGGAUCUUCUCAGGCAUGGUUAUGCUUGCCUAUCUCUUCAUGGGGCCAAGGAUCAGACAGAUCGCGAAUCCACCAUUUCUGAUUUUAAGAGCAAUGUCUGCAAUUUGCUGAUUGCAACUAGUGUUGCUGCCAGGGGAUUAGAUGUCAAGGAGCUUGAAUUGGUGAUCAACUUUGAUGUUCCAAACCACUAUGAAGAUUAUGUUCACCGCGUUGGUCGUACAGGUCGAGCUGGCAGGAAAGGCUGUGCUAUCACAUUUAUCUCUGAGGAAGAUGCUAGAUAUGCACCUGACCUUGUAAAAGCAUUAGAGCUCUCUAAGCAAGCUGUUCCUGAUGAUCUGAAAGCUGUAGCUGAUAGUUUUAUGACAAAAGUGAAUCAGGGACUUGAGCAAGCCCAUGGGACUGGCUAUGGUGGAAGUGGUUUUAAAUUUAAUGAAGAGGAAGAUGAAGUGAGGAGAGCAGCAAAGAAAGCACAGGCCAAAGAAUAUGGUUUUGAGGAGGACAAAUCAGAUUCGGACGAUGACAAUGAAGGUAUACGGAAGGCAGGUGGAGACAUAUCACAGCAGGCUGCCUUAGCUCAGAUAAUUGCUGCUGCCUCUAAAGUCAGUACACCUUCUAUGCAAACCCCCGUCUCUGCUUCCCAACUGCUUCCCAAUGGUGGACUACCUGUUACGUUACCAGGCGUUAUUGGUCUAACAAUACCCGGAACAGCGCCAGUAGUGCCUGGGUCUGGUUUGCCAGCUGCCAAUGAGGCGGCAGGGGCGGCUCGAGCAGCAGCAAUUGCAGCUGCUUUCAACUUACAGCAAAAUUUGGCGAAGAUUCAAGCUGAUGCAUUGCCUGAACAUUAUGAAGCGGAGUUGGAGAUAAAUGAUUUUCCCCAGAACGCUCGAUGGAAGGUUACCCACAAGGAAACUUUGGGCCCAAUUUCGGAGUGGACUGGAGCUGCUAUUACUACCAGGGGCCAGUAUUUCCCUCCAGGUCGGAUUGCAGGACCUGGAGAACGAAAGCUUUACUUGUUCAUUGAGGGCCCUACUGAGCAAUCCGUCAAGAAAGCUAAAUCAGAAUUAAAACGUGUUUUGGAAGACAUCACGAACCAGGCAUUACAACUGCCAGGUGGAGCCCAGCCAGGCAGAUACCAAGUUUUAUAAGUGUUCACAGUUGGGAAAUUCCAGGAGCCAAAUUGUUGCUAUAUUGGCAAAUUUUGUUAUGGUUAGAUAUCCACAGGAGUGCUAGACCUAAUCAGGUCGCCUCCUAGUAAGAGGAUCUUCAUUUGUUGGUUUUGCAUGGGGUUGCUUAGAAGUGAUCUUCAGAUUUAAUUGGCUUGGCUGACCUUAAAAUGGAUGUCUAUAUAAUACAUACUUUAUAACAAGUUGUUUGAUCUCUUUACAGUAAUCAGCACCUCAUUUCCAGAAGUGUUUAAUCUCCAGUAGUCAGUACCUCAUACCCAGAAUGUGUUUCAUAUAUUGAUGAACUUUGGGGAUGUAACCUAUGACGCCUAUUGUCAAGGAUGCUUUUGGGGUGAUUCUUUUUUCCUUUCUGGAUAUUCUUAUAAAAUAGCCAGUUGGUGUGAUGAACUUUUUCUGUUUCCAUAUUUUCUAUAAAAAUGAUUGUCAUCAUGCAUAAUAUUGUUAUUGAAGUUUUGCUAAUGCUUUGUUUCUCUGUUUCAGCCUGAAAUAGCAAGAGAACAGUUUCUGAUGGUUAUUUUAAUUUUCAUUCAUCAAAUUUUGAUUUGAUCACUUGAUAUUGGUACAGCAGGCACCGAGCCUUCCUUCCAGGACUGUCAAUCUGGGAAACCAUUCAUACCACAUGAGAAGCUAGGAGGGAGAAACCGAAACAGGAGGUUGGGAAGAACCAGAAGAGGCAUAGAUCACCGUAUUUUAGGUAUAGCUUGUUGACGGUCUGGUAUGCUUUCUGUAGAAGAUUUUCAGAAGGUUCUUUAUAUUCUGAAGUUGUAUCUAUCCAAUGAAGGAAUUGUUUCACUUGGUGCUGGAAUUCUAUAGAGCAGUCUGCUCGUCUCAGAAGGCCCGCUUCCUUCGUUUUAUUUACACGAGAUUCCUGGUUUUUUUUCCUC